GGAGGAAGGCACGGCUGCAGCGGCGAAUUGAACCGGCCCGGCUGUGGCGGCUUCUGUUGCCGCCUCCGCCCCUUCUUGUCUUCAACACAGUGCAGCGAGCGCCAAAGCCCCCCAGCCCUCCCCGCCCACAGAGGCGCCCCUCCACAGCGUCCCCCUCCGGCCGCCUUCCGCUGCUCUUUACAAUCUCGCGCCCCCUUUUGCAGCAGUCGUCGUCGCUGCGGCCAUCCGGGGUCCCGCGCUUUCGGCCUCACCCGUGGCUUCCCGCCCCUUCCCCCGGGUCGCGCGGUCGGUGGGUGGUUCGGAAAACAAGGUUCACCGUCGACGACGCGCAACCCCCUCCCCUCGGCGUGCGUUUGUGUGUUCUCCCCUCCCAGCUUCUUGUUGCACAGUCCUUAUGCAAAAGCUUGGCGAUACAGAUGGCGGGAAAAAGGAGGCGGAGCCCAUCCCGGCCUUCUAUAAAAGGAGCUGGCUUGCCGAAGUCAUUACUACUUUGCUGUUUGCAAGGGCGAGGGGAUUGUUCGGGUAUCGCUGCAAAGGCACGGGUGCCGCUGUAGCUGCUUUCGCCGCCGCCUUUGCGGGGCAGAAAUAAAUAAUAAAUAAAGCGGAGAAGGAGCGCGCGCGCGUCGGUCUGGCGGCGCGCGCCCCCGCGUCCCUUCCCCUUUGCCUUUCUAUCCCAUCCCAAGCCGCUGCUUUUAAAAGGCUUUGCCUCAGAGGAGGGAGACGGACGACAGAACUCUUAGAACCCGGCCGGGACGCCGCUGCUUAAACAAUUCCUGGGAUUUACAAUAUAUGUGAUUGUUCGGAAAGGGAUUUACCAGGAGUCCGUGCAAUUUUUUUGUCCCCCUUGGUGCCUUUUCUUUUUUGUUGUUGCAUUUUUCUGAUUUCUUUUUUUUUUUUGGCACCCUUCUAAAUAAUCGACCCACUGUCUUUUUUAGCCGGGACCUGGGAGGAACCGGCACUUUGCGCCGCCGCCAUGCCUCUCACAGUCCCGAGCUUCCCCAGCCGGACUUACGAUUACGACUAUGACUCGGUCCAGCCCUAUUUCUACUACGAAGACGAGGAGGAGAACUUCUACAUGACGGGGCACCACCGCGGCUGCGAGCUCCAGCCGCCCGCCCCGUCUGAAGACAUCUGGAAGAAGUUCGAGCUGCUCCCAACGCCGCCCCUCUCGCCUAGCCGUCGCUCCAGCUACUUCCCAUCCAGCGCUGACCAGCUGGAGAUGGUGACAGAGCUGCUGGGCAGUGACGUGGUCAACCAGAGCUUCAUCUGCGAUCCGGGCGAUGACGCCUUCGUCAAGUCCAUCAUCAUCCAGGACUGCAUGUGGAGCGGGGGCUCCACCGCCGCCAAGCUCCAGAAGGUGGUCUCGGAGAAGCUCGCCUCCUACCAGGCGGCCCGUCGGGACAGCGCGGGCGCGGCAGGCUCCACCCGCAGCAGCAGUUGUAGCAGCAGCGGCAGCAACAGCAGCCUCCAGCAGCCCUCUCCACAGACGCCUGCUGCUGCCUCUUCCUCUCCCAGCAGCACUUACCUGCAAGACCUAGGGGCUUCCGCAGCCGAAUGCAUUGACCCUUCUGUUGUCUUUCCUUACCCACUGGGCGAGAAGUCACCAAAAUCCAUGGAAGUUGCCUCUCCCGAGGCCAGCCCUGUUUCCUUGCUGGACACACCACCCACCACCAGCAGCGACUCCGAAGAGGAGGAGGAGCAGGAAGAGGAGGAGGAAGAAAUUGAUGUUGUUACGGUAGAGAAAAGGCAACCUGCAUCAAGGAAAGGGGAAUCUAAUGCACGCUCAUCAGGAGGGCACAGUAAGCCCCCCCACAGCCCCCUGGUUCUGAAGCGGUGUCAUGUCCCCAUCCACCAGCACAACUACGCUGCCCCUCCCUCAACCAGAGUUGAGUACCCCUCAUCCAAAAGGCUAAAGUUGGACAGUGGCAGAGUCCUUAAACAGAUCAGUAACAACCGCAAAUGUUCAAGCCCCCGCACCUCAGACUCUGAAGAAAACGACAAGAGGCGAACACACAAUGUUUUGGAGCGCCAGAGGCGAAACGAGCUCAAGUUGAGCUUCUUUGCGCUGCGUGACCAAAUUCCAGAAGUGGCCAACAAUGAAAAAGCCCCCAAAGUAGUCAUCCUCAAAAAGGCCACAGAAUACGUCCUCUCCAUCCAGUCAGAUGAACACAGACUGUUAGCAGAGAAAGAGCAGUUGAGGAGGCGACAGGAACAGCUGAAAAGCAAACUUCAGCAGCUAAGGAACUCUUGUGUUUAAAAAUAAAAUCAAGAAGCCCAGAAAUGUUGGAAGGUAGAACAUAUGUAGAUUGGGAUGGACCACCAACGAAGCAAAAAGUAUGAGAACUCUAGUGCUUCUUUUAAAAACAAAACAACAAUGCACUGUACUGAUGGACUCAACUAUAUGUGAAAAAUGGAACUAUUGCAUGCUCAACAACUACACAACCUUGGCCUGACCUUGGUGCAAGGCUGGCCAAAACCUCAAAACUGCCUCAGAACUGAUAAAACUUUGGGCAGAAACCUUCAUGCUUGGGGAUGAACUCCUUUUCUCUACCUUUUUCUUUUUGUAUUUAAAGCAUCUUCUUUUCUCUUAAGCUGAUUUACAAGUGAAAAAUAGUUGUUGCCAGAUCUUCUGUAAAUAUAUUUACACUGCCUAAUGACCUGUAAAUAUCUUUAAUAAAAAAAUCUUUAUAGAAAAUUUAAAAAAAACUGCAACAAAUAAUGCUUAGUUGGUUGUGGCAAUUGAAUUUAUAAUUGUCUUGAAACUUUUUGUGCCAUAACAUUUCACAAACUUUUGGUCGUUUUUAUUUAAAUAUCUUUUUG